CCGUCCGGCCGCUGCCGCCGCCGCCGUCUGGGGCUUGGUUGAGGCGGACGGUGGGGUCUGGGCCGGAGUGUGGCGCCGCCGCUGCGCGAAGGGGAAGCAGGCAGGAAACAUCAGGAUAUGGCAUCCAUGAGUCAGAAAAUGGGUAAGAAGAGCCGAGUAAAAACACAAAAAUCAGGCACUGGUGCUACUGCAGCUGUGUCCCCGAAGGAGAUCCUGAACCUCACCAGUGAGCUGUUACAGAAAUGCAGCAGCCCUGCCCCUGGCCCAGGCAAGGAAUGGGAAGAGUAUGUGCAGAUCCGGUCUCUGGUUGAGAAAAUACGAAAAAAGCAAAAAGGUCUGUCUGUUACUUUUGAUGGAAAAAGAGAAGAUUACUUUCCUGAUCUAAUGAAAUGGGCCUCUGAAAAUGGAGCGUCCGUGGAGGGUUUUGAAGUGGUUAACUUCAAAGAAGAGGGCUUUGGUUUGAGAGCAACUAGAGAUAUCAAGGCAGAAGAAUUAUUUUUAUGGGUUCCAAGAAAAUUACUUAUGACUGUUGAAUCUGCUAAAAAUUCAGUGUUGGGGCCCUUAUAUUCUCAAGACCGAAUUCUUCAAGCCAUGGGAAAUAUCACACUGGCCUUUCAUCUGCUGUGUGAGAGAGCCAACCCUAACUCUUUCUGGCAGCCCUACAUUCAGACCCUGCCCAGUGAAUACGAUACUCCUCUCUACUUUGAAGAAGAUGAAGUUCGGCAUCUUCAGUCCACGCAAGCGAUACACGACGUCUUCAGCCAGUACAAAAACACAGCUCGACAGUAUGCCUAUUUCUAUAAGGUGAUUCAGACCCAUCCUCAUGCCAACAAACUGCCCUUGAAGGACUCUUUCACUUAUGAGGACUACAGGUGGGCUGUGUCCUCUGUUAUGACAAGACAAAACCAGAUUCCCACAGAGGAUGGUUCCCGGGUGACCCUUGCUCUGAUUCCGUUGUGGGACAUGUGUAAUCACACCAACGGCCUGAUCACAACCGGCUACAACCUGGAGGACGACCGCUGCGAGUGCGUGGCUCUGCAGGACUUCAGGGCUGGGGAGCAGAUUUACAUUUUUUAUGGCACUCGGUCAAAUGCAGAGUUUGUGAUCCACAGUGGUUUUUUCUUUGACAAUAAUUCGCACGACAGAGUGAAAAUAAAGCUCGGAGUGAGUAAAAGUGACAGGCUGUACGCUAUGAAGGCUGAGGUCUUGGCUCGCGCUGGCAUCCCCACUUCCAGUGUGUUCGCGCUACAUUUCACGGAGCCUCCCAUCUCUGCCCAGCUUCUGGCUUUUCUCCGAGUGUUCUGCAUGACCGAAGAAGAAUUGAAAGAACAUUUGCUAGGAGACAAUGCUAUCGAUAGAAUCUUCACCUUGGGUAACUCUGAAUUUCCUGUUAGCUGGGACAAUGAAGUCAAACUUUGGACAUUUCUUGAAGAUAGAGCGUCGCUUCUUUUAAAAACUUACAAAACAACUAUUGAGGAAGACAAGGCCUUCCUGAAAGGCCAUGACCUUUCCAUUCGGGCUACAAUGGCCGUCAAGUUGCGAUUAGGCGAGAAGGAGAUCUUGGAGAGGGCAGUGAAGAGUGCGGCUGUGAACCGGGAGUACUACCGCAGACAGCUGGCGGAGCGGGCCCCGCUCCCCAAGUACGAGGAGAGCGCCCUGGGGCUGCUGGAGAGCAGCGUGGCCGACUCCAGGCUCCCCCUCGUCCUGAGAAACCUCGAGGAGGAGGAGGAGAGCGGCGUGCAGGAGGCCUUAACCAUCAAAGAGGCCGUCAGCAGAGCAAAGGCGGCUGAAAAUGGGCUCGUCAAUGGUGUGAACUCUGUCCCCAACGGGACCAGGUCAGAAAACGGAAACUUGAAUCCAGAAGAAAGUCAAAGGGGGGUUGGAGACGCCAAAGACUCCCCCUCAGACAGCGCCGAGGAGGCCAAAGAGUAGCCGAGGUGAAGCUCCACCUGCGGGAAGUUCAGCUCGGCCGACGCUGACACACAGUCCACUUACAUCGCUGUGUUUCCUUGUUGACGUUUUUCUUUCUGCAGAGAGGAAAAUAUGUUUUUGCUGCUUUAUAUAAAAAAUGAUUUUUUUAAGUUAUUUAAGAAAUCUAGCUUCCCUUUCGAUUAAGAUUGCCAUCUUGCUUCCAGGCAAAGCAAACAAGUGAAACGGCCGCAACAGAGGGGAGAGGUUCCUUGGGAAGAUCCCACAGACCCACAUCCCUGGGGAAGAGUUUGGUCUCCAUCUGCCGGUCAUCUGUGUGACCAGAGCCACGCUUGCCCCACCUCCUGCCAGCAGGCACCCCUGGCGGGACUCUGGGUGUUAGGCGUUAAGGUGGGGGAGCACACGGCAGAAAACGGGGUUCAGGUGAAGACGCUUUAGAGUCUGGGCAAAAUCUCUUUUUUUUUCCUUGAAAAAUAACACCCCAGAACCAAAAGAAAAAGUAAGGUGGCAACCUUAUUUUUAAUAGUUUUAAAUGUUAAUGAUAACCCUAAUUAUAUAAAAAUAUAUAUAUACACACAUAUAUAUACACCUAGUGAUUUCUAAAGAUUUGUUUACUUUCUGUGUUUUACUGUGUAAAGAACUCGCCCUUUCUCCUUGAAUCAGAGCAGGGCACUGCUCCCUCCCCAGAUUUAAAUGUCGCUCUGAGCAGGAAGCGAUACCUGUGACUUCUAGCCUUGGUGAUGGAGGGCUGGAAAGCAGGCAGGUAACCACAGCCUUGCGUGGCCCUGUCCACAGUGAGGCAGUUCCUGGCUUUUCUGGUUUUCUCAACAAGCUAGAGAUUUUCAAAGCUACACUUUUGACUAAAAACCCUUAUUAAAAGGAAAAUGUGAUUAA